AUGGCCAAAACUUUGGGUUUUUUCAUGGCUUUGAUUGCAAUGGCAUCAAUGGCAGUAGGAAGGGACAGUACUGGUUGGGAGAAUGCCUUUGCUACUUUCUAUGGUGAUAUCAGUGGAGGAGAAACCAUGGAAGGAGCAUGUGGAUAUGGAGAUCUAUUCAAACAAGGAUAUGGUCUAGACACUGCAGCAUUAAGCACUACAUUAUUCAACAAUGGUCACACGUGCGGCGCAUGCUAUGAACUCAAAUGCACAAACAAUCCAGAGUGGUGCAUCAAUGGAAAAACCACAACCAUAACAGCCACCAACUUCUGCCCACCAAACUGGUCCAAACCAAGUGACAUGGGAGGCUGGUGCAACCCUCCAAGAAAACACUUUGACAUGGCCAUGGCUGCAUUUUUAAAGAUUGUAAAAGGUACCAAAGUUGGGAUUGUUCCAGUGCAGUAUAGGAGAGUGAAGUGUGUGAAAAAGGGAGGGAUUAAGUUUGAGAUUAAGGGUAACCCUUAUUGGAAUCUUGUUUUGGUAUAUAAUGUUGGUGGUGUUGGGGAUGUGAAGGGUGUUUGGGUGAAGAAGAUGGGGGAUGUUAAGAGUGGGUGGAUUCAGAUGACUAGGAACUGGGGACAGAAUUGGGAAACUGGUGAGGGGUUGAGAAGAUGGAGAUUGUCUUUUAGGGUUACUGUUAGUGAUGGUAGGACUCUUAAUGCUUUGGGUGUUGUUCCUGCUAAUUGGAACUUUGGUCAGAGUUUUGAGAGCAAAGUUCAGUUCUAA